UUGCAGUAAAUGACCUACCAUCAACAACUUACUCAUAGUUAAACAGUUAAUUACGCCCUUACAUAAGAAGAUAAACAUAUCAUAAUACAUAAAGUUUGUCAAGGAAGAAGAAAUAGAGAGCCAAGUAGCUAGAAAAGGAGCUUAGGAUAUUGUAGAGAGGAUAAGAGGAAGGAAGAGAUGGUGGAAGACAGAGAAGCAGUGGUGUUAGAAGAAGCCAUGGCCAAAGACGAGAAGCUUCAAGAGAGCACUACCACUUACAAGAAGAAAGGAAAGAAAGGAAAGAAAGGGAGCAAGACGAAGAACGAUAAUAAGGGAAGCGAUGGAGGAAUUAGAGAGUAUAAGCUUGUGAACUACGAGGAUUUGCCUGAUUACAUGAAGGAGAACGAGUUCAUACAAAAGUAUUAUAGAUCUGAGUGGCCAAUCUCUCAUGCCUUCCUAAGCCUCUUCUCAUGGCACAAUGAAACUCUCAAUGUUUGGACGCAUCUGCUUGGAUUCUUGUUGUUCUUGGGAUUAACUGUGAUGCAACUGAGCGACAUGCCUCAAGUGGCAGAUCUCCUAGGCCAUCUGCAUGGGUCAGUAGAAAAGAUAAAUUGGUCUUUCUCCCCAAAGGCAGCAGGAAAUGUGUCCCUGAAUCAAGGAAGUCUCUUCAGCUUGGCAUCACCACCCAACAACCACGAUCACCUCCAACCCGACAUCACCUCCGCCCACCACCGGCCGGCAAACACCGCCACCGCGCCACGUUGGCCUUUCCUCGUCUUCCUCUUUGGAUCCAUGGUCUGCCUCAUAACCUCCUCCCUCUGCCACCUCCUCUGCUGCCAUUCCCGACGCCUCAACCUCCUCCUCAACCGCCUCGACUACGCCGGCAUCGCCGUCAUGAUCGCUGCCUCCUUCUUUCCUCCCAUAUCCUACGCCUUCCUGUGCACCCCACGCUGGCGCUUCUUCUACCUCUCCUCCAUCUCCUUCCUCGCCGUUCUCACCGUCCUCUCCCUCCUCGCCCCCAAAUUCACCCAUGGCUCCUACCGGGCCUUCCGCGCCCUCCUCUUCUCCGCAAUGGGGCUCACAGGACUCGUUCCAGCGGUGCAUAUCACGGUGGUGAAUUGGUCGGAGUCGAGGAAGAUGGAGACGAUGGCUUGCGAAGCAGCAAUGGCGACUUUUUAUUUGGUGGGGACGGCGUUUUAUGUGAGCAGGGUGCCAGAGAAAUGGCGGCCGGGGAGAUUCGAUAUGGCCGGGCAUAGUCAUCAGAUAUUCCAUGUGUUUGUGGUGGCCGGAGCGUUGGCUCAUUAUGUGGCGGCGCAGCUGUUCUUGGAGUGGAGGGAUGAGGUGAGCUGUGGGGGGAGGACAUAGUGGGAGGAUGGAGAUUAGGGUUUAGCAUUUAAUAUAUAUUAUUUUUCAUAUUUACUUUAUAUUUCAUUUAAAAUAAAAUUUGAUGUUAAG